CUUCUCCGAUCUGUUCUCCGGUUUAAAGCUGAGUUUUUUCCAUCACUAUGAGCAACAAAGACGAGGCUCUUAGAGCCAAAGGGUUAGCAGAAGACUGGAUGAGUAAAUCAGACUUCACCACUGCUCGUAGAGUCGCUGUCAAGGCUCAGAAGAUGGACGAGACCUUAGAGAACAUCUCCCACAUGAUUAUGGUCUGUGAUGUUCAUAUCGCAGCACAGGAAAAAUCUGGAGACGAGACUGAUUGGUACAAGAUACUCCAAGUGGAGCUUAAUGCAGAUGAAAACACCAUCAAGAAACAGUAUAGGAAGUUUGCUCUUCAUCUCCAUCCGGAUAAGAACAAGCUCCCUGGCGCUGAAGCUGCUUUCAAGAUGAUUGGGGAAGCUCAGAGGGUUCUUUUGGAUAAGGACAAGAGGAGGCUUCAUGAUAUGAAACGGAAGCCUUUUAAGAGGCAUGCAGCGCCAGUACCUUCUUAUCAGCAACCUCAACAUGCUCCUCCUCCUCCGCAGCAGCCUAGGGGGUUUUACACUGCGCCUGUUUUUCAGAGUAAUGUUAAUGUUAAUGCGGCGAGGAAUAGCUUCACUGCGGCGGGGUUGAGACCUGAGAGCCAGCCGAAACCUCAAGCUCAGCCAAGUGGUUUUGGUGAAAGCAGGACCUUUUGGACCUUUUGCGCGUUUUGUCACAGAAGGCAUGAGUGUGUGAAGGAGUUUCUACACAAGCAAGUGAUGUGUCCGAGCUGUGGCAAGCAGUCCGUUGCUUUUCAAACAGCUUUCCAGGCUCAACCAGCUCAACCAGCUCAGCCGACUUUCUCUUUCUACCAACAGAGCAAGGCUCCAACUCAAGAGGCAGUGCAUAAGCAGCCGGAGAGUUCUGUUAGAGUUUCCCCAAGGAAGGAGGCUUCUAAAGCAAAAAGCUCGGGGAGUUCUGCUGAACAGCACAUCAAUGGAAAUGGAAAGAGGAAGAAGAUAGUGGAAUCUUCUAGCGAGAGUAGCUAUGAUUGGGAAGAAGUUGCAGCUGGUGGACAGCAUUCUCGGAGGUCUGUCCGUAGCAAGCAGAAGGUUUCAUAUGAAGAGAAUGUAUGUGAUGGUGGCAAGAAAGAAGAAAACAAUCUGUUUGCAAAAGCCGUACCUAAUGGGAAAAACAGGAAGGAGAAGGCAAAAGAUGAUCAAGUGGGAAGCUCUCGUAGUUCAGGGAGUUCAUCAGACGUAGAGAUUCUGGAGUGUGCUGAUCCUGACUUCACAAACUUUGAGAAGCUGAGAGAAGAGAGCUGUUUUAAAGCUGGCCAGGUAUGGGCAAUGUAUGAUGACAUGGGUAAAAUGCCUCGAUAUUAUGCCAAUAUCAGGAAAGUCAUAAGGGAACCUAAGUUCAUGCUCAAGAUAACAUGGUUAGAGCACAAACAAGAUGAUGAGAGAUCAAAAGCGUGGUUUCGCAGAAAACUGCCUGUAUCUGUUGGUAAGUACCAACUCGGUGGAGAUGACAACAUAAGUGACACUCCAUCCUUCUCUCACCUGAUCCAUUGCAGAGUAAGAGGCAUCAAAGACAUUGUUUGUGUAUAUCCAAGGAUCGGAGAAACAUGGGCUUUGUUCAAGAAUUGGGACAUCAAUUGGCUCUCUCCUAGUCGGCGUCAUGAGUAUAAGUAUGAGUUCGUUGAGGUCUUGUCAGAAUAUGCUGAAGGGGUACCAAUAACGGUUGCGUUUUUGCGUAAAGUAAAAGGAUUUGCAAGUGUGUUUCGUCGAGUUACUGCGGCUGGUGGUGUUAGAUCAAACACGUUUCAGAUUCCUCCUCAUGAGAUGCUUAGGUUCUCUCACAGCAUCCCUUCAGCUAAGUUGACAGGGAAAGAGAGGAGUGGUGUUCCUGUUGGUUCUUAUGAGCUUGAUACAGCUGCAUUACCACAAAUGAUAGAAGAAUGUGAAGAGGAAGCUGUUCCUGUUCAAGCUGCCAAGUCAUCAAACCAAGCUCGCCAUCAUCGCUCUCCUCCUUCAUCAGAGCCAGACUGUAUCGUCAUACCUAAUUACGAGUUCCAUGACUUCAGCGGGGAAAGAUCAGAGGGGAAGUUUACAGUUGGUCAGAUAUGGUCAUUGAACUGUAAAGAAGAAGGGUUGCCUAAGUACUACGCCAAGAUUCAGAAAGUGGAAUGGAGACCAGUGUUUAAACUGCAGAUAAAUAAGCUAGAGCUGGAAUCACUUCCUGCCAAUGCUACACAGUGGAGAGACAAAAGAAUGCCAGUGACCUGUGGAAACUUCACCUUGAAAGAAGGCCAGAGAGAGACUCUCACUCAGGUGACUAGUUUUUCACAUGAGAUAAAGGCACAUGAGAGUAGUAAAAACAAGUACACUAUUCUCCCCAAGACUGGUGAUAUUUGGGCAAUGUACAAGAACUGGAGUGAUGCAAUCAACGUGGGAAGCUUGAAGAAAUGUGCUUAUGAUGUUGUUGAAGUUCUUGACGAUGAUGAGAGCCACAUUGAGGUUAUGAUGUUGGAAAGGGUGGAUGGGUUUACUUCGGUGUUCAAGGAAAAAGUGGAAGGAGGCAUGGAUGUGAGGAAAAUGAUCCCGAGGUCUGAAGUGUUGAGGUUUUCACACUACGUUCCUCGUUUCAGACUUACUGGUGAAAAGGGUGGAGCACUCAGAGGCUAUGUGGAGCUGGAUUCAACUGCUUUGUCCCGUAACUUGCUCAGAGCUUAGACUAUGUUCAGUCGGUUGGUAGUAGUAAUGGACUUCGCAUUUUGUGCAGUCUCUAGCUUUUAUGUUUUAGAUUUCAGACGUUAACUUGCAUCGGAUCUGUCUUUUGACUCUAGUUUUAGUCAAUCUGGUGAAAUAUCGUUUUAGC